AUGGACGAAACGGGCGGCCAGCAGAUGCAGGGCGAACAGCAGCAGCAACAGCAACCGCAGACGGGCUUUGCGACGUUCUGUGCGGGAGCGGAAAAUGCCGCGCCCCAGUCACCGGACGAGCUUGCGUACGAAAAGGAUGACGAGCUGCACGUGUGGAUGCCCCCGACGACCAAACCGCCGACCACCACCUCCGGCGGCACGCAAACCACGGCCUGGUACAAGGCCACCAACGUGCGCACCAAGCAAACGGGCUUCGUCCAGUUGCAUCAACUGGUGCUGGUUGAUAGGGCUCCGUAUGGAGCGGCCACCGGUCAACCGACGACGGUGGUAGGUAGUGGCGGCAGUGUCUAUCUGUCGAUUUCGAGCAUCGUCGAUGGUGGUGCUGGCGCACAGUCCACGGCCACGGGAGGAGCGCCGCCUGGUGGUGGAACCGGACCCGGAACGAACGCUGGCGGCGGCAAUGGUGGCCCCGGAAGUGGUGGCGCCCCGCAGCAGCAACAGAUGGUCGAUGCGUUGUCCGGCCUGCGGUUGAACACUAAAUCGGCGGCGACGGCGAAGGACGUCGAAGGUGGUGGCACCGCCGAUCCAACGGUGGUAACCGGCAGUGGUGGCGGUGGAGCCGCACCGGAAGAUCUCUACGUGAAGUGUGUCACACCGGCCACGGUGGCUACCGUCACGACGCUGAACGAUCCAGUUGGUAAACGGGACGAACUUACUAGCAGCAAAGCCUACAGCAAAGGUCAUGCCCUCGAGUUUGUUUACUUUGUCACUCCCAUUAUAUGUUUGUUUUGUCGAGAUUAUAUCUGGGGACUUGGAAGGCAAGGAGGACAGUGUAGAAAAUGUGCAUCAUGUUUCCACAUCAAAUGCCUGCCGCUAGCCAUCUACGAGCCGUGCCAAAGAAAUUCGGACAUGUACCCGAGUAUACCGAAUACUUUCAAGACGGAAAAGUCAAUUAACGAAUGGACGACGGCAAACGUGUUGGAAUGGCUGGCCGCUGUCAAUAUGUAUGACCACGUGGAGGUAUUCAAAACGAAAGCUAUAAAAGGCUGUGAUUUACCGAAUUUGGAUCGUGAUAAGCUUGAACAAAUGGGUAUUAAGAAUGAAUUCCAUCAGCAAACCAUCCUGGCGACGAUCAAACAUCUGCUGACCAGUGCGGAGCUGGCGUCGGGGCUGCCCGCGGACAGCAGUGCGGCCGAUUUGGUCGGUCCGCCACCGGCCGCCGCCCUGUGCAGCCAUGAGCUAGGGCAGCUGGGACACCACCAACACCACCAGGGCCACAAUUUGAUCGACGGUUCGUUCACGAAGCAGCAAAAAUGUGAUAUGUGCAAGCAGUACCUUCACGGACUGGUCCACCAGGGUCUAUGCUGCACCCAGUGCAAUUUGAUCGUCCACCGCCAGUGCUCGGUGGCCGGCGGGUUGAAGCCUUGCUGCGCCCCGACGGCGGCCGGAACGACGACGGCCACGACGGCGGUGGUGGUACAGCAACCGCAACAGCAGCAGAAUCGGUACGUCUUCGGUAAGGGCCUCUGCCUGCAGUUCGAUCUGUCGCACGUCCAGCCGGCCCCGCUGGUGGUGAUCGAUCUGUGCAUGGCGCUCGAGAAGAAAGCCCAGCUGGACAAGGGACUCGAUCUGUACGUCGUGUACCGCACGACGCCACCGCGCUACGACGAGGUUAACAAGCUGCGCGACGCACUCAACGAGAAUCUGCUCAACAUCGAUCUGACCGGCUACACGGCCGAGUGCGUCGCGACGGUGUUGAAGAAGUUUUUCCACGAACUGCCCGACCCCGUCAUACCGGUCGUGCUGUACGAGUCGUUCAUCGAAGCGUCCAAGCAAGGCGAUAUGCAAGCGGCGGAACAAAUGAAGAACCUCAUUCAGCAGAUGCCCCAACAUCACAGCAAAACCCUACGGUACAUCGUGCGCCAUCUGAUCCGGAUCUGUCGGUUGCAGUUCCUGCGCGGCAACAAGCAGCAACCGACGAUGUUGCUGCAAGUUUGGUGCCAUAUUUUGAUGCGCCCGGCUUGGGAAAGGAUUGUGCAAUUUGUGACCAACAUCAAGAACCAUCUCCGGAUUUUGGAAAUUCUUAUGUACAAACUGGACUGGAACGAACCGCUGCCCGAGUUUCUGUCGAUUCCGGCCGUUCCCCCGAGGAAGACUUCGCGCUCCAGCGUGACCAGCAGUGGCAGUGGUGGCAGCAGCAGCAGCGCCAAUGCCAGCGCCGCCGGGAGUGGCACGUUGAUAAAAUCGCUCCUCACAUCAUCACUGGGCAUGUCGGAAGCCGCUGGCAGCGGCAGCAGCAGCAGCUUAGGAUCAUCGUCCCAGUUGUACAGCAGCUCCACUGUCUCAGAGUCCUCCGCCACUACUGACAGUUCCGCGGCUCCGACGACGACGACGGUGGGCAUGGGUGCGGGGCUGCUAGUGACGGAUCCGAAUACACCCCAGGAGCUGCGCGACGCCGAGUGGUACUGGGGUAAGAUAUCGCGCGACGCGGCCAAGGAAAAGAUGAUGGACGCACCGGAUGGUUCGUUUUUGGUGCGCGACGCGAUCAACGACGCGGGCGAGUACACGCUCGUGCUGAAGAAGGACGGUGCCGAUCGGCCGAUCAAGAUCUUCCACAAGGCGGGCCGGUAUGGGUUCACGCACGAGUGCACCCACGACAGCCUGGUGGCCCUGGUGCACGAGUUCCGCACGACCACGCUGAAGGAUUACAACACGAUCCUGGACAUCAGCUUGCUGUACCCGGUGUCGCGGUUCGAUGACGAUGUGUACCCGGCCGAGGAGGACGUGCACAAGCUAGCGAAGGCCCUGUACGAGACGGUGCAGAUGUGGAAGGACUUGGUGAACGAGCGGGAAUCGAUUGCCGAGGCGUACAAUCAGGCGCAGCUGAAUCUCGAUCUCCGCCGGCAGGCCCAGGACGCGUUCGUGCACGCGGAGAAGCUGUUCAACGAUCAGCUGCUGCUGCAGGCCCAGUACGAGAAGGAGGCGCAGCCGCACGAGAAGCGCGGGCUGAGCUUGAACAAUCAGCUGAUCCAGAACCGGCUGGCCGAGCUGAAGGAGUGCAAGAAGAGCCUGGAGAACGCGAUGGAGCGCGAAAAGGAGCAGAUACGGGAGCUGCAGCGUGACCUGAUGAAUCUGAAGCCCGAAAUUACGAACCUGAGCAAGCGCAAGGACCAGUACUUGGAGGUGCUGAAGCGGCAGGGCAUCACCGACGGGCAGCUGAAGCAGAUACUCUCCGACGGGUACCUGUCCACGGCGAGCCAGCGGGCCGAAGAGAUGCCGCACCUGGACGAGACGACCUGGCUGCUGGAGGGCUGCAGCCGGCAGGAGGCCGAAGAAAAGUUGUCCAAAAAACCAACCGGCACGUUCCUGAUACGACCCCGCAGUGCCGGCCACUACGCGCUCUCGAUCGCGUGCAACGGCGUGACCAAUCACUGCAUCGUCUACGAAACGGAGCGCGGGUACGGGUUCGCCGAGCCGUACUUUAUCUACGAAUCGCUGAAGGCGCUCGUGGUCCACUACGCGACCAACUCGCUCGAGGAGCACAACGAUUAUCUGCAGACGACGCUAAAGUAUCCGGUCUUUGCCCCGAUUCCCACUGCCGCCACCAGCAGCGGUGCUGGAGCAGCAGGCACCGGAGGCGGUGGCAGUGGCAGCGGAGGUGGAAGCGGCAGUGGAAAUGGCAGUUCCCAACCCGGAGCAUCAUCGUCGUCAUCACGACAGCAGCAGCCACAAGGUUCGGGUAUGAUGAACAACUUCGCCUCCUAA